AUGGAUCGUUUAAUCAUCUUGCUAGCCAUUCUUUUAAUGGUUGGAAACAACUAUGCGUUUGAUAUUCCUUAAGCUCUUGAGGUUCCUAUAGAAGAGGAGUUUUAAUUAACAUAAACUUAAUUCAAUUUGCUUUACAGUGUGUUUGCAAUUCCUAAUAUAGGAUUAAGUAUAGGUGGAGGAAUCAUGAUAGACAAUAUGGGUGGUCGUUGGGGUGUAAGAAUAUAUGUAAUAGCUUAGGUGUUCACAUUCAGUCUUUUAUUGGGUUUAUCAUAAUUAUUUAUUUUUUUUGGAGGAUGCUAUCAUAAUUAUUGUAUGAUGCUUUGUGGUAGAGCUAUAUUUGGUAUCGCAAGUGAUAUUUUACAUAUUGCUGUAUUUAAAAUGGUAGCGUAACGAAUGCCAAAAGAUAUGGGAACUGCUAUGGGAUUGAUACUAACAGUACCAGAAUUAGCAGCUGCUCUUAAUUCGUUUUUAUCCCCUUAUUUAUUUGAGAAGACCAAUUCAUUAAAAAUACCAUUAUUGUUUGGAUUAUUCUUGUGUUUUUUAGUAUAUAUUAGAAUAAUUUAAAUAGUCUUUCUUAUCUGGACUGAUGAUGAUAUAUGUAGAUAUGAAAUAUGAAAAAGUAGAGACUGUAAAAACAACAGAAUAAAUCUCAGUUUUUAAUUGUAAACUAGUAGUCUAAAAAUUUAGUUAAAUUGACAAAGCCUUUUGUAAUAAUGAGCAUAAUAACAACAUUAAUGUUAGCAUCAUAUGUGCCAUUUCUAGAUAAUGCUAAUAAAUUUUAUCAUGAACGUUUUGGAUUUAGUAUUAUGGAUGCUGGAUAAAUAGUUACUGUUGGUUAUGUUGUUGCAGGUAGAGUAUAAUUUAUUAUAUGAUUAAUUUAGCAAUCACAUCUCCAAUAGUUGGAAGGUUAUCAGAUAAAUUUACUAAUUAUAGACCUUUUUUUAUAGUAGUGUCAACAAUCAUGUUUUUUAUUUCCCAUUUACAAUUUUAUUACAUUCCUUUGACGACUUCUCCUAAUUAUUAUUCAGUUUUUGGGUAAUAAUAUAAUAUUAAUUAUAGAUUGAUUACAUUAGGAUUGUCAUAUUCCUGUUUUUCAAGUGUUUUAAUGCCUGCUUUAUAAUCUACAGUUCCAGAAGAUAUGUUAGGUAUUAUAUAAAUAUUAUUAAAAUUAGCAACUGCUUUAGGUUUAUUAGGUAUAAUAGAGAAUUUCUGUAUGGCUGUUGUUCCAAUGAUUUCUGGUUUUGUGUAUGCUAUUGGUGGUGGUAUUGAUCCUAUGAAAAAUGUGGAUGUUAUCUAUUUAUUCUUGGCAGGUAUUGGAGUUGUCCUUUCAAUUCAUUUAUUAAUGGAAAACAUUCUUUAACCAGCUAAAGCACAUGCUAAAUUGCCCACAGCUUUGGAUAUUUGA